AUGGCGAACCUCAACCCGUCUGCGGUUCACUUCCAUAUGUACCACCCCCAACUGGACGUCGAACUCUCCAGCGUGUGGCCAGUCAAUUUCGCAGGACAAGGACAACGUUAUAAUAGAUUAGGUCCUAUAGAUGCAAAGAUGAGGAACAGAAUCUUAGUGGGUUUGGUGCUGAGUUCUCUUCUUGCUACUAUACAUGUCCUCAUACUCGGGAUUUCCGAGCUUGUUCUAGAAUACUUGGGGACCUUCGACACUAGGAAGGACGAUGUUAACCCUGGCUAUCCAGACCGAGUGGACUUCCUAGUGCACAGUGCCGCUGGACGUUCCCUUGAUCGUCCAGACGCACUCUCACUUUAUCCAAGCAGAAAGUGUCAUUGA